UCUGCUUUUAUGGGACCUUCUGUUUACUUUAAAUUUCCUGUCUGUCGUUUUUACACCGUUUUGAAUCCAAAUGAUGGCAGAAUUCCUGCGGGAAAAUGAAGAGGAGGGGACCGAAGAGGGGCAGAGAGAAGCCCCGGGGGACAGAGGACGUCCAACAGAUCACUCAGACAGAACCGAGACAGAACUUUUCCCCUGCAGUCCGAGAUCUCCAUCUUCUAUACAAGCUGCUGUCAAAGAAACGAGAACAACCUCUCAAAGUGACAACCUACAGGAGAGCAGGCAACCCGAGAUCUCUGUUGUCUCAACAGAACCUUUGUCCAACAAUAAUUGGUUUCCAGGCCCUUCAGUGGUUUUCACUCCUCAGUCAGGCUGGUCUGCAAGUGUCCGAAGUGUCCCUCAGCCCCCACCAUCUUACGAUCAGGUGAUCCAAGAGAAGACCCAGGAGGAGCAUAUUAUCAAGCCCACUGCAGCCCCUCGCAGGUCCACCUGCACAACUACAAGUGCCACCCAGACUGACCAACCGUGCACAGCAGCUUCAACGCCAGCUCUGAAAAGAUCUGCCAGUGAAAAACCACAGAAACCUCCCAGACUCUCACUGUCUAAAGCAGUGGAUAGAAAAGCAGUGACAGAAACUGUUGGGAAAGCUACAGCAAACACAUCAAUAUUCACAAACCCAGAGGACCAGAGGGGUACCAAGCGGGACAUAAGAGAGCUUGAAAAGACUGAUUUCUCGCACACACACAACAGAUCUGUUACAGUUUUCUGGGAAAUCCAUAAAAAUCGUUGUCCUGCUGCACCUACUGAAACUGCUGCUUUAACUUCAGAAAACGGUCAGCGACCCGUCCCGCGUCCUCGCACAAAACCCCAGAAACAGACAACAAAACCAGAAAUCAAAGUUUUGGCUGAACCGAGCCCAUUUACUCAACCGGAUUCAAAAGAAGUCUUUACGAAAACAUUUUCAGAUGAACUAGAAAUAUUUGACAAAGGUGACCAGUUUGCAGAGCGAUUUGAUGAGCGGUUAAGCCAGACGACUCAAGUUGGAGAUGCUGUUGCUGAGAUGAGCGACCCCUAUAGUCAGCGCAACAUCCGUGCCAGAAUCCAGGCCUUUGAGGGCCAGAAUGGCACAGAGGAAGGAAAUGAGUCAGCCAGACCGAAGCCACUGGCCAGGAGGGCCACCACCAAACCCCCAGUUGCGACCAAGCCUUCACUGCCUUCCAGAAGUGUGGAUGACAGUCAGAACAUACCAGCAACUCCAACCCCAAAACCAGCCCCCAAACCUACACCCCUUAGAAAACCUGUGGGAAUGUCUGUGAGGGAACAGCUGGAGGCUUUGCACAGCAAUGGCAGCUUCCAACAAAGACCCAUUCCCCCUUUGCCAGUGAGAGCCAAUGGUAUUCAUGAAGAGGAAACAUCACCGACUCCACCUGUACCUCCGAUGAAGCCUUUCAAGGAACCACUCAAACCCAACCAGAACAUAAACAACCACAACUCCAUCUCUAUGAGCAGAGAAGGCGACUUUGUCGACACUCCAUCAUAUGGCAUCCCAGUCAAAUCUCAAUAUAACGUGGACACCAACGGAAGUCCUUUACCCAGACAAAAUAGAGCAACAAGACCGACUACCAUUAGAGUCCCCAGCAAAAUGCCGUCAAUAUCAGAUAACCUUCAGAGCGAGCCUCCUCCUCCUUUACCAUUUCGGAAACCCAUAGGCUCUCUGAACACUCCAGAAGACUAUCAACAGAGACCCAAACCUGCUAUGUCCUUGCAGUACUCUAUGGGGCCGGAGCCAUCCCUCCCGCCUCGGAAACCCACCAUGAACAGACCACUCCCACCUCGUCCUCUUUCUGGCAAAGUAGGCCCUGGAAGACCUCCGCCCCCUAAGUUUGGGACAAAUCGUGCUCCAUCAAUAUCAGUGCAGCCCCCGCCCAGACCCCAGGGACAAGAUCCCUCCAAAAGGGAGAUGGUCCUGCCACCAAGGCCCAGACCAGGCCACUGUCUUUACAACAAAUAUAUACUUGAACUUCCACAUGGGAUCGCAGCUCUAGACUACGAGGGGUGUAACAUCGGGGAGCUUUCGUUUGAGAAAGAUGAAGUGCUUCUGUUACUAGAGCAAGUCAACAACAAUGAAUUUCAGUGCCAAACUGGAGAGCUCAUAGGUAGAGUCCACAGUUCUCAUCUGAAAAUUAUAACUCCUCUUGACUCCUACUCUUCUCCAAUUUAUGAUGAUGUCCCAGAAGCUCCAGGUGAAAAAGAUUCAUAUGGACUUAAAGUAAAGGCUAUCUAUGACUUCCAGCCACAGAAUCCAGAAGAGCUGACGCUCAGAGCAGGAGAUGUUGUGACUGGGGUGGAGCAGGCCGACCAUCAGUGGUACCGAGGAACCUGCAGAGGAUCCACAGGUUUCUUUCCAGUUAGUUACGCUGAAGUUCUGUCAAGUCCAUUGAUCCCUGAAAAGAAAGAGAAGCCUCUGCCUGCACCAGUCAGUGGUCCGAGGUGCGUGGCGAGGUUCGACUUCGAGGGGGAGCACAGCGAUGAGCUGACCUUCUUUGAAGGGGAUGUGAUCCAGCUCCAUGAGUACGUGGGGGAGGAGUGGGCGCGAGGGCAGGUCGGUGCCUCGGUCGGCAUCUUCCCUCUGAACUUUGUGGAAGUCGUUGAAGAUCUGCCGCCGCCUCCAAGGCAGCAGAUAAACCAAACUUUUGCACCAGGCAUUGCUGCUGCUGCUGCUGCUGUUGCCACCGCCUCUCCUAGCAUACAAGCUAAGGCUGCCAAACCUGCUAAGACUUUCAAAUCUAAAGAAGAAUGGGCCGUGGCCUUGUAUGAUUACGCCGCAAAGACUUCCAGCGACCUGUCGUUUCGCCAGGGCGACCGCAUCCUCAUCACCAAGCACUUGGACGAAAAGUGGAGUUGUGGGAAAAUGAACGGCAGAGAGGGCAUGUUCCCCAGGAUCUAUGUCCAAACCACAACAGAAGAGCCCUCCAUUGACCCGAUUAGUGAAGCUGUUGGUGGCAUGAGAGCAAGGGCUCUAUACGACUUUAAUUCAGACUGCGAAGAAGAGCUCUCAAUUCAGGUUGGCGAUAUCUUAACCAAUGUGGAGUCCAUUGAUGAAGAAUGGUUUCUGGCGGACUUGAGAGGCCGACGAGCUCUGGUCCCUAAAAACUAUGUCCAAGUGUUAUAAUGAGGCCAUGCACUGCAGAAGGGGAGAUGAUUGAAUAUCUUUUUUUAAACAAAUGUCUGUAAAAUGUUGUAUUGUUAUCCUAAGCAGUUUAAUCUUUUCAACAGCAAUGUAAUUUAAUGGUUUUAAGAAGUUAUGUGAAAUAAAAAUAAAAUGACUUUAUGAA